CUUUGUUUCAAAAAACACAACAAGAAUACAUCAAUAGGUUGAGCUGUGAAAAGGCUGCAGACUGUAACACAGUCAGUCACCGAUACGCACAAUUAUAUAGGAGUCGGAGACGUGGCUGUACUGAGACAGGAACGUGGAUGGUGCAUUUAAACUGGUGUCAGCUGAUACAAACUUGGCUACAGAAGUAGAUCUGAACGAUUACUUUGAGGAAACUUACUUUUGACUUCUGCCGCACUGCGACUUUAACCAUGUCGGACACUACGAUCAACGUGUGCUAUUCUGAUGAACCCGCACAGAGGAGAAAUCAAACAGGAAACCGAUUGAAGAGAAAGAAAUGGCCCCUUAAAAAGACGCAUAAUGUAGAGCAGAAGGGCGUCCCGGAAGGUAGAUAUAAAUACAACCAGAGAAUGGGACAGUCCAGACACAGCCCACCUCCAUGCCAAAAUGGAGCAUCUGUAGAGCAGCCAUCGCUUCCCACUUCCACACACAACAGACGUUUACCUCAUCCAAGCAGCACCGCCAGCGCUUCACACUGUAGCUCCAAGCCUUCAACAUCCGCACACAGCCUGGCUUCCUCGAGGGUCACUUUGAACAACAAAGGCAGCCAUGACAAGCCAGAGGAGCCUGUGAACACAAAACCAACAACCACCGCCCCACGCCCCUCAGCAUCAAGCAGCCAUAGACCCACUGGAAUCCCCACAAAGUACCUCGCUAUUGACUGUGAGAUGGUGGGUACGGGACCAAAAGGGAGCAUCAGCCAGCUCGGUCGCUGCAGUCUAGUGUCCUAUGAAGGAGACGUGGUUUACGAUAAAUUCAUCAAACCCUCCGUGCCUGUAACUGACUACCGCACCCGAUGGAGCGGCAUCCGGCACUGUAACCUCGUCAAUGCCACGCCAUACUCUGAGGCCAGGAAGGAGAUACUGAGGCUGCUCAUGGGCAAGGUGGUGGUUGGCCACGCCGUCCACAAUGACUUCAAGGUCCUCGGUUACUCGCACCCCGGUGUUUUGACCAGAGACACGUCUCGCAUCCCUCUGCUCAACCUGAAGGCCGGCUUUGCCUUGAACGAGUGUGCCUCACUGAAGAGACUCACUAAGGCCAUCUUCAACCGAGACAUCCAGACUGGGAGGAAGGGUCACUCUUCUGUGGAAGAUGCCAGAGCCACCAUGGAGCUUUACAAAGUGGUGGAGGAGGAAUGGGAGAGGACACUAGCUGCCAAAUCACAGGCCAGCUAGUGCCAGGUUUGAAGAGACAACAUGGAAAUAAACUUUACAUUUUAAAUUGACAUUUUGGUAUGGCAGGUAUGUGGUGUUGAGCGACUGCCCGGUUACAGGAUCAACUCCUCCUACUGUCCUGUUGACAUGUGAAUGAAGAUACCACGAAAACCUGCUCAUUCAGUGAACUGGAUGAAUUUAAAAACCGUAAUAUGAUCAUGGGAGAAGAAUAUAUUAACUGUCAGGUCAGACACUUUGCUUUGAUCUACAGUUUCAGCAGUUCUUUCUCAGGGUUUGCAUUGUGUUUAAAGGUGCUCUUGCCACUAGGAGGCAGUCAUGUUUUCAUCCCAGCAACAAAAGAACAUCAUUGAAACAGUGUCAAUGAUCCCACACCCCCCCACAAAAGAAAUGUUUUCCGCAAGGUAAGUGUUAAUGAAAUCUGCAGUUCAGCGGUUGCAGGACAACAUUCAACAUUCUCGCCAUUUGAGCGUGGACGAUAAUGACUUUUUAAAGUCUGAUCAAAUACCACUAAAAGAGCUCAUUCGUCAGUUUUUAUAGUUUUAAUUAUGUGAAGAAUUGAAACAAAAUAUUGCUUUGAUCAACUAAUGAUGUUCUUCAGGGAGAUUUUAGAAUUUUAGAAAUACUGAGUCCUGCAUGUGGCUUUUAUGGAUAAGAAAUGGUUACACUUACAGUUAUACUAUUUCAUUUCCAGUCAUGUUUUAAAAUGUGACUAAAUAUUUUUUUAAUGUAAAUGUUUGGAGAAAAAAAAAGUUAGAACAACUGCAAACAUAGACGUCUAGAGAGAAGGAACUGUUAAAGUAGUCAGUGAUCCACCAACAGGAUCUAGUAUAUUGGAGCAGGAGGCCUGAAAUUCAUAUAAAUGUUGAUUUAGUCCCUGGUCAUUAUCCUGGCAAAAUAUUUCGACACCCGAUUUCCACAAUAAUUUAAAGUUACACAUGAUAACGGAUUGCCAAAUCCCCUACACCCACCAAAAUAGAGGACAUGACCUCUGUGUCCUCAAUGGUAGCUACGUCCUUGAUGCUCUACAUGACUAUGUUUAUAAGACUCUUACUUGACACAACCAGCAUCCAGUUGUUUAUCUGACCUCCAGUCAGUUAAUGCAAUUCUGCUGUUUUGGAAUAUGGAAGUGCUUACCUUCAGAGUUUGUUUCUUUCUAUGCAACGUUGGACGAGUUCAGUUGUCUGCUGUAGAUUCAGCUUGGUGCUUAACUUCAAUAAAUCAUUACCACAA